AUGCCAACUACAUCGUACAGGUCGUACACAACGCGUAGAACAACAUCUUCAUACGGUGGUGUACCAAAUCCAUCUCCAUUUAGUAGCUAUCCUAGUCCAUAUUCUACCUACAACCCAGUAUUUGAUAAGAUGACCAACCUAAAGAGCGCAUUAGCAGAUAAACUGAGCCAGGAUUUCCGCAAGUACGUAAAUCCUGAUAAUGUGGGAGGAGAAAUGAACUCAAUCAGAGAAGAACCAGGUGCUAAUGGACUGAGAACAAGCACGGAAGUACUCUACAAUCAGAGAGGAAGUGUUCGGGAGAUGGAAAGCUACGUGAUGAGCCUGAGGGAGCAGAACGAUGCAAGAAGAACUGCACAAGAUCUGAUGUCCAAACUUAAUAGCAGCAUCAAAAUUAUGGAUGAUCGUGGAAGUGAAGUAGAUGCAUUCAGGGCACUUAAGGAUGCUAUUCGUCUAUUUGAUAGCAACCAAAACACUCUCAAAGGUCUUCCAAGUAACAGAACAAGCUACUAUUGA